AUGAUAUGCGAGGCCAGCCUUAUUGUAUGGGAUGAGGCCUCUAUGGCUAAUCGACAUUCUAUUGAAGCAUUUGAGGCCUUGUUGGCUGAUAUAUGCGACAGCCCGUUACCUUUUGGGGGAAAAAUUGUUUUAUUUGGCGGCGAUUUCAGGCAAACAUUGCCAAUUGUGGUUAAUGGUUCUAGAGCUUCAAUGAUAACCGCAAGUUUGGUGAGCUCUGCACUAUGGGGAGGCAUACAUCGUAUGCAACUGUGCCAGAAUAUGCGGGCUAAAGAAGAUCCCAAUUUUAUAGAUUUAUUGCUUAGAAUUGGGAAUGGUGUUGAGACUUUUAUUUUCGACGAUAACAUAAAGAUUCCAUCUCAUAUGUUAGUCCCUUUUGAUGAUGCUGCUACCUCUUUGGAUCGUCUUAUUCGUGAUGUUUACCCCAAUUUAGAUACUUUCAUGCAAAACCCUGAUGCCUUUGUAGGUAGGGCUAUCCUUACCCCGAAAAAUGAUUGUGUAGAUGAGCUUAAUGAUCUCUUAAUGGAACGAUUUCCGGGCAAAAUGAAAGAGUACGUUAGUUUUAACGCAACAACCGAUCCACUACAGCAAGGAGAAUAUGCGGAUUAUUUAAAUACUGUUUCAGCUGGUGGCCUCCCUCCAAACAUUUUAAAGCUGAAAAAAAAUUGUCCAAUUAUGUUGUUGCGCAACUUAAAUCCAAUACAGGGUCUCUGUAAUGGCACACGUCUAAUUUGUCGAGAGUUGAGCGACAACUUUAUUAAGGCUGAAAUUGCUGUUGGGGAUUUUAAGGGUAAUGUGGUGUUUAUUCCUCGUAUACCUUUGGAGGGAUCGGGUUGUAAAAUUGACAAUCUUGGCGAGGCUGUAGAUGUUGGAAGUAUCUCGCAAACAUAUAAUAGAUACAAGAAAUGGAAGCAAGAAAUGGAAGAUGGGAAGCUGUUGUUCAUUGGAGGAAUUUAUCGGGAGAUUAUUGACAAAUUCAUGGUGGCGUAUUUCCUAGCAUUAAACGAAUUACUUGACGCCUUGACGGUGUUGGUGGUAGAUAUUUCGCCGCUUUUCCUUUGA